UCUAGAAAAGCUUAAACAAAAUGUACUUCUAAACAUAAACAUAAAAUCUUUCAACAGCUGGUCUGCUUUAACAACCUAUUGUUUAAAUGUAAUUCCAAUACUCAAUAACAAGUUCACAGGAUUUAUUACUAAUGAGCUGAAAACUGUUGUUCUUACCAAUAAACACACAAAAUUCCCUGUGUAUAUGUUCCUGCAUUACACUCCUGAGGUAUCUGGAAAAAAAAGAACAAACUCCAUUGUUUUUUAAACUUGAAGACUCUCAAGCGCUUUCACAAUGAAAGCUCACAAACACCUCCACGACUGAAUCACACUUUCUUUUCUGAGCUUCAUGCUGUGACCUGUUUUACAGCUGCCGGCAGGUAAACGGCUGAACUCUGGAAUGAAAUACACCUUCAUUUCUUGGUAAAGCGAGAGUAUUUGAGAAAGGAAGGUGAAUUAACCUCCCCUCCUCGUCUGACUCAUUUGAAAUGAACCAGGAAACAGGCUGUUCUUCUUUCUCAGUAAAGAGAGACGCACAGACGAUCAGACUGAGUUCAGACCAAACUAGCAGCUUCCUCUGAGUGAGUCCAGCUACAGGAGAGAAAAGUGGAAAACUCCAAUACUGCUGCUUCAAGCUGCUGACGCUCCACACACUGAAUCUUCACUCACAGACUCAAUGGCUUCCAGAUCACAGAAGGAUCUCUGCUGUCCGGUCUGUCAGGAGGUCUUCAGAGAUCCUGUUAUUCUGUCAUGUAGCCACAGCUUCUGUAAAGACUGUCUGAAGAGAUGGUGGAGAGAGAGACCAACACACGAGUGUCCAGUUUGUAAGGAAUUAUCAGUUUAUGAUCCACCUUCAAACCGAGCUUUAAAGAACCUGUGUGAGUCGUUCUUACAGGAGAGAGAUCAGAGAGCUUCAGAGGCUCUCUGCAAUCUGCACUCUGAGAAACUCAAACUCUUCUGUCUGGACCAUCAGCAGCCAGUGUGUGUCGUCUGUUGCAUCUCAGAAAAUCACACCAAGCACAGAUUCAGACCCAUCGAUGAAGUUGCACAACAACACAAGAAGGAACUUCAGGAAACUCUGGAGCCCUUAAAGGAGAAGGUAAAGGUUUGUGAAGAAGUUCAAGUGAAGUUUGAUCAAACAGCAGAACACAUUAAGGUCCAGGCCCGACACACAGAGAGGCAGAUUAAGGAGCAGUUUAAGAAGCUUCACCAGUUUCUAGCAGAGGAAGAGGAGGCCAGGCUGGCUGCACUGAGGGAGGAAGAGGAGCAGAAGAGUGAGAUGAUGAAGGAGAAGAUGGAGGCUCUGAGCAGAGAGAUAGCAGCUCUUUCAGACACAGUCAGAGCCACAGAGGAGGAGCUGAGAGCUGAAGACGUCUCAUUCCUGCACAACUACAAGGCUGCAGUGGAAAGAGUCCAGCGCUGCCCCCUGCUGGAUGAUCCACAGCUGCCCUCGGGAGCUCUGAUAGACCAGGCCAAACACCUAGGCAACCUGACCUUCAACAUCUGGAACAACAUGAAGGACAUGGUCUCCUACACUCCUCUCAUUCUGGACCCAAACACUGCUCAUCCAGAACUCAUCCUGUCUGAAGAUCUGACCAGUGUGAAAGGAGGAUGGAGGCAGGAGCUUCCUGAUAAUCCAGAGAGAUUUGAUUUAUACUUUACUGUCCUGGGCUCUGAGGGCUUUAACUCAGGGAUUCACAGCUGGGAUGUCGAAGUUGGAGACAAUACAUUAUGGGUAGUGGGUGUGUCACCAGAGUCUGUCCAUAGAAAGGGACACAUACAGUCUGGAUUAUGGGGAAUAGGGUUUCAUGAAAGUCAAUACUCAUCAUGUUCACCAUCAGCUCCUCUCACUGCUCUCCCAGUUCAGAAGAAGCUCCAGAGGAUCAGAGUGAAUCUGGACUGGAACAGAGGAAAGCUGUCGUUCUCUGAUCCUGAUACUAACACACACAUACACACCUUCACACACACUUUCACUCACAGGAUGUUUCCAUUCAUUGGCACUGUGAAUGAUGCCAACGUGUUGCCAUUGAAGGUGUCAGUGUCAGUGGAGCAGAUGAGUUGAGGAUGAUGAUGUUUCUAAUGUUGUUUCCUGUCAGUGAAUUGAAGCUGUUAAACUGCAGCUGUCCUCCUGCUGCCUCGUUGUUCCAAAGCUCUUUGUUUCUCUUUUAGUUCUCACUGUUUCUUUCUGUUUCUGCUGUCCACCUUUUCACAUGGAAAAUCAUUUCACUGUUUCUCACUGAAUGACUCCCCAAACUAGAUUUGAAAUUCUAUCAAGUUUCUAAUCAUUACAAGUGAUUCAUGUUUCUAUUUGAUGUGUGUAAAUGGAGAUGAUUUGUUGUUGUAGUUGUAAAACUUUAGAUAAAACAAGAAUAAACAGAAAAUGUUGUCAGUUUCACAAAACAGAUUAAAAAAAAGUGUUUUUAAUCUUUGUUAAUCAACACUACCAGCCUGGUAUAACUGUGUGUCACAUGUUAAUGUCUACAUGAUAAGUAGUGUUUAUUUGCUGUUUCUGAACUUCUUAAAACUUACUGCUUGACAAAUACCAUUUUCUUCCAUCACUGUUUAAAAAGGACUGGAAAAAUAAUGUAAAUAUACCAUUAGUUAAAAUUGCAGAAAUUUUCUGUAUUUUUACAAAAAAAUGUUGUAGUUUUAAAUUUAAGUUUUAAUAUUAAAUAAAG